AUGUCGUCCAGAGAGGUCACCGUCUUGCUUCCGACAGACUUUUCUCCUCUUGAGCGCAUCCUACUGACUGCCAACGGAAAUGUCCAACGGAUCUUGAGCUCGUUCCACAACUCGACUGUUACCGUCAAGAUCAUCAAAAACAACCAGCUGGCCGAGAGUGACGAGAGAGUCCCCAACGGCACCGUUGUGUUUGAUCGAGAGGUGAAUCUGCUCUGCAAAAACAAGGUUCGAUGCAAUGCAACCAGUCUUGUCAAGAUCUCGAACCCUGAGUACCUCAAGCUCGUGCUUGAGCAGAAAGUCGGCAUCGGCCAGCUCUUUAGCAGGUAUCUGAACGUGCUGCCAGAGUUCAAGUUGCUGAAAGUGGGCAAGUCGGAAUCGUCGUUCUGGAGAGAUUACAGCUUGAGCUGCCCCGGAAUCGAAUGCAUUUUGCGGGAGGUAUUCCCUCUCUCAGUGUUUGAGAUUGAGGCAGAGGCAUGUUCAGAAACCGAUGGUCCUGCGUCGUCCGCGGCCAUCGAGAUUCCCCGACGUGGAACGCCCCCGGUUCCCAUCGGUGUCGACCGGCACGACCAGGAUCCUAAACUCCAAAAAGUCAACGGAUGGUCGGCGUAUGGCUCGCUGUGA